GGCAUGUAGUUCCGCGGCGGUUUUGACCCGUGCGAGUCCAGGAAGGGCAUGAUGGCAGCGGCAGCAGCAGCAGCAGCCGAGGCUCAGCAGCUCCGUGUGCAAGAGGCCGUCGACGGCAUGGUGCAAGGGCUGGAGAGGGAGGCCAUCCGGAAGAUGCAGGGCAUCAUGUUCCGGUGCAGCGCAACCUGCUGCGAGAACGACAAGGCUUCCAUGCAACAGGUCCACCAUUGCAUCGAGCGCUGCCAUGCUCCCCUGGCCCAGGCCCAGGCGGUGGUCACCCAAGAGCUGGAGAGGUUUCAGGACCGCCUCUCUCGCUGCACAAUGCACUGCAAUGACAAAGCCAAGGACUCCUUAGACUCCGGGAGCAAAGAGCAGCAGGUCAAGUCGCAGCUGGAAAACUGCGUGAGCAAGUGCGUCGAUGACCACGUCCACCUGAUCCCCAGCAUGACCAAGAAGAUGAAGGAGACCUUGGCGGGGAUCGCACAGUAGGACUCCUGGGGCUGUGAGGAGGAAGAGGGGAAACGUAGCCUCCGAGUUACAACUGAGAAAGGUGUGAGGAAAUUACUGGAAAUGCAGAGUACCAAAAAGUUGGGUUCAGGCAGGGGGGCUUUAUUGUUAUUACUUUUAAUGCAAGGACUAUACUAUGAUGGAUGCUGCAGUGGUCCUGGUUUUGUUUGAGGGUUCAGUGUGGAAGAAAGGCUUCAGAGGAUCAUAACCGGAGAGAUAUUGACCCCAUUCCUCUCGGUGCCAGUGACGUAUGUACACCGUGGUGCAUCGUUGGUGUUCCUUCCUCCUCAGUUUUCCAUGUUUUUUCUCUCUCUGAGUCAUGGAGGGAUAGGAGAAUGGGACACAUUCAGUGUCUCAAUGUGAGGAGUGGGCGCUAUUUUGAUUAGCAGCCUUACAGAUGUGCCUCUGGUGACCUCUGGAAACACGCAGCAGCACUCCGUCUCUAUGCUCUAUGAAAACCUGGAUAAGAAGGACCGCUCUGGCACUAUCAAUGCUGCUACUCUGGACAUGCUCCACAAGAACAGUCAUCAGCCAGAUAUCAAGAGCUUGGAGCCGGCUAUGAAGGGCCUCCAGAUCCAGUGAGUAGGCAAGUGGAAAUGAAGCCGUUGCAGCAGCGUUUCUUCCCUGCCUCCCUGAGAUCCUCUGGGUUCUCAUCCUUCCUCUAUCGCUGUUUCUUGGGAGGCCAUGAUUUUAGCAGAAGGAAGGGCUGCUUCAAGACCAAAAUCAUGAGCCGAAUCAGAGUCCAGCUCUUGGGUGAGAGUCGAGCGUGAGACAGAACAGUGGCUUUGCUAUAAUACUGAGUUGAAGAAACACUCCCAGGCCAUUCAGAAGAAUAAGCAAAAGCGUUGCCUUCAGGUCCCUGAUGAUUCUGCUCAAGUUCAGUUUCAGGUACAGGAAAUGUGAAAAGAGAGAACAAAUUGCCUCAACAAUUGAGAUGAAAGUUUAUUUCCUCUGUAUGAAAUUAUCCUUUAUUGUUUAAUCCAUAAACUCUUCAUUGGUCAAAAUGGUCUGUAUCAAUCCCUGUGACAUUCGAAAGAAGGCCACAUGCCUCCAUAAGCCCUAAGGAGCGUUUAGCAAAGCGGAAUUGUACCACUUUUAAUGAUAGCUAUUGGCAUCUUUGAAGGCCUGUGGAUUGCGGACAGUAAACAGGAUGGAAAAUGUUACGGACACCAGUGAAGGAACUGGUGGCCAGUAAGACCAGCAUUCGUUCCCAUUGGAAUUGCCUGUCUCUGCUUUCUGUUUCCCUGUUUCCUCCUCCCUCUCUUUGAACUGUGAAGUGUUUUCUAAAAGAUUCAAAUACAUGAAUAAAGGGACCUGCACAUUGCAGGGAUUUAGGAGCGCUGCGUUCUGAA